AUGCUGCUCUCCCCUGCCGUCAAGACAUCGUACCUCAACACCAUGGCUGGUGGCUCCUCGCCCACGCCCAAGCGCAAGACUGAGGAGGAAAAUGUCGAAACCUCGCCGCUCGCUGGCAAGCGAGCUCGUCCCACCAUCCCCCUACGAGGAUCCCGAUCCGCUAGCAGUUUCCCAACGCAGCAACAGCAGGAGACACCGGUCCAUACUCCUUCUUCCUCGCAAUUCCCCCAAGACCUUUUCGCGAGCUCGUCGGAUGUGACGCUCGACGACCUCACCUCCAGCAACAAUAACAACCAGCAGCGCGACAUCUUCACACACUCGUCCGCCUCGGUCAAGGGCAAAGGGGCCGAGGCCGGCGGCGCAUCUGCCGUGUCAUUCUCGAGCAACAACCCCCACUGGCUCAAGGUGGUCACGUCGUAUGGCUACACGUUCAUCAAAUCGGACGAGUUGCACUUGCUCGAGGGCAAUGGCGACGUUCAGAUGGUGAUUGAGCCGACGAACUCUGCCCAUCAGAACGAGGUGCCCGCCUCACCUCCUGUGCAGAUGAGGUUUCCCAUGGGCGUAGAGUUUCCGCCUACGCCCUCUCCUUCGGACGACGGCAGCGGUGUCUCGGCAUGCAGGUACUUUGGACAGAAGCAUGCAGCAACAUCGGGCAAGCCGCUGUGGGAGCACGUUGAGGGUGAUCAGGAAGCGGCACGCGCGGCACAGGCACAGGCCCAGGCCCAGGGAACAGGACUCAACGAGAUGAUGAUGGACGAAUGGUAG